CAUAUUUUGGUGGAUUUAAUUGUUUGCCCGUGACGGCGACCACACUCACACCAUGGCGAGCACAGUAGCAAAGCAGUACACGCGCCUUCUGCGCCUCUGGCCGACCGACGCCCUGCGCCCAAACCUGCCCUUCACACGCGCCAUUGAAGCCCGCGCGCUGCCCUACGGCGUCGCCCCCCUCAGCCCGCCCACAGACUCCGCCCGCACGCCCGCCAAAACCUCGCCCGUCCCCUCGCCCGCCGACGUCAAACCCACCACCGCCUCCACACACGCCAACCCCAGCCCAGCGCAGGAGUCUGCACAGAUCACCGCCCUGUUCUCGCUGCUGGAAAACAGAUACGCAAAGAAAUACCCGCUGAGCGACGCCGUGUUCAAGCCCACGAGUGCACCCGAGCACUACACCGAGCUGAUGGCUGAGAUCGAGCGUGCGCCGCUGAAGACGUGGUGGCAGGCGAAGGUCGACGAGUGGAAGAUGAAGAUUAGGUGGAAGUAGGCGCUUUGGACUGUACAACAUGUGUAUUAUUGGAGCAUUAGUCUGGUGUUGUAACAUGUAGGAUAAGAUGGCCAAGUACAGCGCUUCGAAUGUUAAAUGAUAUCCACUUCACGUCACUUCAUGAAAAUAGUGGCCACAAACUUC